AUGUUUUCUAAUCCACUAAACUUUGGCCAUUUGCCCACGGAACUUCGAUCGUUGAUCGUGAAUUGGCUGCAUGAUGAUGAAGCCCAUCAAAUGUUGGCGGUGAGUAAAAUGAGUCGAAAUUUGGUGCUCCGACGCGGCAAUUUCCCGAAAUUCAUUCAAGAAUUAAAGCUCUGGUGUAAAGAGCAAAGAGAUGUUGAAGGUGAAAUGAAAAUCGAUGGAAUCGAUGGAAUCGAUUCGGCCUUGCAAAUCAGUUUGAUCUAUCGAAAAAAUACACUGGAGGAGCGCUUUUAUACAAUAGAAACCACUCUUGUCGAUCAAAUUCUCUGGAAACAACUGAACAAAAGGUCGAUCAAGAAACUUGUCAUCACCCUGAUGGAGCUUGGCAGCGAGUUUCCUGAGGCAAAUGCAGAAAAUCUGCAAAAUCUCGGUCGAUUUCUCUCCACAUUCCCCGCAUUGCAUCUCAUCCAUUUCGAGGCUCAACACAGUUUUUUCUCCGUUUUCCUCGAAACAUUCAAUCCGAUUGUCGAUGUGGAAUUGGCGAGCCUCCACGUUCAUCCCCAUCACAAUCAAUGCGAUGACGUUGAUGCGGCUUAUGCAAUUCUCGCCGAAAAGCCGUUCCUAAAAAGUACCAAAUUUUUGAACAUCGGCUCAGGCACGAAUCAAUGGGCAAUAGCCAGACAAACGACGGCCGUCCACGUUGAGAUCAACUGUGAUCACUCCUUUAGUCAGCUCUCUGACAUGGUUGAGGAAAUCGGUGAUAAGGGGAUCCCUAGCAUGCACCCCUCCGCCUCGUGUCAAAUCCGAAGCUAUCGUCAAAUCCAUGUGCGUCGUGCGGAAAUCCUAUCAGUAAUAAGGAAAAAGAAUCAAAUUCAAAUCGUUUAUCGGGAAGAUUUGAUGAGGAACGAGUUGCACUCGUUGCGCCGCCUUCAAUACUUUAGUUCACCACGAUACGCUGUGCGCAAAGGAUUUACGAUCGAUCGGCUUAAUGGUGAUUUUUGGACGAGGCGACAUUUCUCAAAUCAUGAUCUCGGAAAUUGUGUCUAUUUCAUUCAAACGCUCAAUGACGAAGAUUUUGUUGGUUUAUUCUAUUUGGAAGAGAAACCCGAUGGAGGGGACCACACGGUGAUGGAUGUUUGUAUCAUUUGGUUGAGAAGAAGCGCUUGUGUCGAGGGAAUCAUCGAAAUGCCGAUUGAUACGGAAAUCAGCUUCUUACUCGACAAUUCGGAUUUUUUGCCAUUAUCAGAAGAAAAUUCAGAUCAAAAAUCAGCUGUUUCUCUG